AUGACAGUUGGAAGAGAAAUCGGAGUUUUGCUCAUCUAUUCUUUGUGGAUGACAUUGGCUGGGGCCCAACCAAACCUGUACCGCAGUGGAACUCGUCAGCAGUUUGGAAUAGCUAGUGUGUCUCAUAACAGUCUGGCGGAUGCUAUUUCACGUGAAUCUUGUGGUCAAAGUAAUAAGGUUACAGUAUGUGCGAAUUGCACCCACAUUGCAGUAUGCGUAGGUAAUUUUGCGGCUCGACCAUGCCCUGAAUCGCGUCCAUACUGCAACAGCUUGGCCGAAGGUGAUGCAUGUCUAGCAACACCGGAUCCAGUGUACAGUGAAUGCAGCAACAGCCAAUCUGGAUUGACGUGCACAUCGCGCGGUUUUUUCCCCGAUCCUAUUGAUUGCCGCAAAUAUCAUCUGUGUACAUCCGAUUCCGGUACUUCGGACGUUUAUCACUGCCCGGAAGGUUACUUAUUUAAUCUAGAUACACUAGUUUGCGAACGGCAAACGGUAAACAGUUCCUGCGUUAGGGUGAACUGCAGUAGUGACGCCGUUCUAAUUCCGUACGCUGGAAGCCGACAAAUGUACGCAUACUGUGAUUUCUCCCGCAACCCGGAAGUUCCGAAAAUUUACAUGUUCCGCUGUCCCAAUCGGGCAAUAUUCGAUGGACACUUUUGUCGCUUUCAGUGCCCCAGCGAGGGAGCGUUUGCCAAUAGCAACAACCCAACGAUGUAUUACGACUGCAAGCGGACCGGACCCAAGCAGACCCUAGUGGAACAGUUAACGCAAUGCCGCAAGAAUAGACUGUUCAAUCGUGCCAUGUCGCAAUGCGAUACGGUACUGCUGGGGUGA